AUGGGUUCCGUCUCCCCGCCGCUGCUGCUGCUGCUGCUGGGACUCUGCGCCUUCGCACAGCUGGGGGCAGUCGCCAGCGCCGCCUGGUGGUCGCUGGCAAUGUGGGUCCCCCCGGCAGUGGACCCCUCGCAGCGUCCGCUGCUGCUGUGCAGCGUGGCCCCGGGGCUGUCCCCCGCACAGCGCCACGUCUGCCGGCAGCAGCCGCACUUCAUGAAGCUCGUGGUGGACGGCGCGCGACUGGCGAUCGCCGAGUAUCGGCACCAGUUCCAGGCGAAGCGCAAGCGCAAGGCGCCGUGCACGGAGGACGGGCUGGUCCCUUUGGCUCGGGCAGACCGCUGGAGGCAAGGAGGGCGACGCAAGUCUUUGUCGAAGUUCCUCCUGAUGGAACUGCACAACAACGAAGCGGGCCGGCGGGCGGUGGAAGACCUGUCGUACUUCAAAUGCGGUUGCGCCGAGAGAACCGGCGAAUGUGUCGGCGUCUGCUUGCCGCGGCUCCAAGACUUUCGCAGCGUCGGCGACUUUCUGAAGGAAAAGUACAACGUAAGUUCCGCCAUGCGGCUGGUGAGGAGCAACAGCAGCAGCAGCGACGUCGCGCGCUGGCGCCUGCAGCCGGUGAACGAGUGGCUGCCGGCGCCCGGAGCGAGCGAGCUGGUGCACGUGGAGGCCAGCCCGGAGUACUGCGUCCGCGGCGCUCCCGGCGGAGCUCCGGCGAGGCGGCGCUGCAACGACACCUCCGAGGCAAACGAGCGAUGCUCCGACAUCAACGCCGCUUGCUGCGACACGGGAUACGACAUCUCGCAAGUCACGCUGCAGAUGCAGUGCGGGUGCAAGGAGCAGCUUAAGCGGAACGUCAAGUGCAAGCUUUGCCCGUGGACCGUCGAUCAAUUCGUUUGCAAGUAG